AUGUUCGCGGCAGAGGGCUGCAACAUGAUUGCAUAUCAUCUCGUUUCGUUGGAAUGUCAACAAGAAGUGGAUAGUCAAAACUGCGAGGCGCGGCUGCUUGCUGGCUUCGGCUUCACGGCCGAUGUCCAGAUUUUUGGUGUGGACGAGGAUGAUGAGGUGUCAGAAGACUGCUUCUUGACCGUGUGUUCCAAGCUCUUUCAGGAGCGACGGAAAGAGUGCAGACAAAACGGUGGCUGGAAUUUUGAGCAGAUGAGGCUGCUCAAGAAAGUCUUCGAAACCUACGAUCCGCACAACAUCGGCUUUGUAGCGAACAAGGAGCUAAUCCGUCUUCUGUCUGAGAUCCUCCCGAACCUCUCACGAGAUCCCUUCUUCCGGCCGGAAUUGAAGGCAAUCCUGCAGAACGUGCAAGUCGAAGGCACUGGACGGUUAGGCUUCCAUGAUUUCUUGUCACUGGUGCAGCUUUGCCGGUCGGCACAGGAGAAGAUGGUAGCGCGAAGGCAGCAGGCUGCAAUACAGGACACGGGCUUCUCUCAGUCGGAUGUCCAAGCCUACCGAGACUUCUUCCUUGCUGCCAGCACCAACAGCAACACUGUCACGUUCGAGGAAGUCUGGACUUUGUUUCAUAGCACUACACCCUUGGGAAAUGGCUUGACGGAGACACUGCAUGCAGCCUUCAAAGAUCAGCUGAGGCUACGCAAGGACGACCAAGGCGAGAUGCAGGACGAUGUGUUGGAGUUCCCGGACUUUUUGAGGCUGGUGAAAGAUUUGGAGGACACGAACUUUGCCGGCUUGUCGAAGGCUUGA